AUGUCAGGCAACAGCUCACUGGACCCAUAUACUGAACAGGCUCAGAACAACGAUGUCACUACGCAGGAAAAAAUCGCUGGCCUCAAAGAAAUCAUAAAGUCUACGGAGACGGCAAUGUUAACGAGCCGUUCUUCUGAUGGCUCUUUUCAUUCGCGUGCCAUGAGCCCAGUACACCCUCAUUCCGAAACCGAUUUAACCUUGACUUUCUUCGCGAAUAGUGUAUCGCAUAAGUUUGAAGAGAUUGAGCAUGACUCACAUGUCAACGUCAGCUUUUUAAACCCAACGACUACUAGCUGGGCGUCAUUCUCAGGGAGGGCCACAGUUACUCAAGACCCGGCAGAAAUCAAGAAAUAUUGGUCAACUGCGACCUCUGCAUGGUUCGGAGACCUCAAGGACGGUAUUCACAAAGGGGAUUCAAAUGACCCUCGUGUUGCUUUGAUUCAAGUUGUACCGGAUGAAAUACGAUACUGGUAUGCUACAAAAGGGAAAGUUGGCCGAGCCAUUGAAAUAGGGGUGGGGGCUAUGACAGGCAAAACGUCGACUCCCGGUGAAUUGAGAACGAUUACCAGCAAUGAGAUAAAAUUAACUCAAGGUUUGCAUACCAAGUAG